AUGGAUCUCCAUAUUAGGAGUAGGAGAACUGGCCAUGUGAAUGAUGAAAAAGCUGAAUUGGAUCAUAACUAUCAUGUAGUUGAAGAAAACAAAUUGGAAAAUAAGAUUGAAGUAUAUCGAGAAGCUUGUGCUAUAAUUACUUUUUUGUGGCUUUUAUUUACAUUAGUUUGGAGUGCCAGCUUUGCUGAAUUGUAUCCAUCCGUACGAUCAUCUAAUGACUUGAAAGGAUUCAGUGAAGAACGUGCACGUUCAUUUCUCAAAGAAAUAACAGCUUAUGGACCACGACCAACUGGCUCUGUUGCAGCUGAGACAUAUGCUGUCAACCUAUUUUUGGAAAAGUUUGAUGAUCUGCAAAAGAAGUUUGAUGCUACUAACUAUAAUCGGUUUGAGUUUGAUAUACAGAGACCAACUGAUUGUUUUGACAUCAGCUUCCGCGGGUUUUACACCUUGUGUUACUUUAAUGUCACUAACAUCGUGGCUCGCAUUGGACCGAAAGAGAAGCCAAGUGAACAUGCUCUGAUGAUAAACUGUCACUUCGAUACUGUCUUCGAUUCUCCUGGAGCCACCGAUGACGCUGUAUCAUGCUCCAUUAUGAUCGAAAUUUUGACGUAUUUCUCUGCUCAUCAAGAAACUCUGAAGUACGACAUCGUGUUCUUAUUUAAUGGAGCUGAAGAAUAUGGAUUGCAUGCUUCACAUGGAUUUAUCACUCAGCAUCCAUGGAGACAUUAUAUUCGAGCUUUCAUCAACCUGGAAGGAGCUGGCAGCAGUGGAAGAGAAGUGUUGUUCCAAGCUGGCCCAAAGAACUCUUGGUUACUUCAGAGCUAUCUCCAAAACGCGCCUCAUCCAUACUGCAGUGUUAUGGGCCAAGAGUUGUUCCAGUCCGGAAUCAUCCCUUCUGAUACAGACUUCAGAAUUUUUAGAGAUUUUGGUGGAUUAUCAGGAUUGGAUAUAGCUUAUGUUGUGAAUGGUUGGAUCUAUCACACCGAAUAUGAUAAAGAAGAUAAAAUAGCUUCUGGAGCUAUACAAAGAGCCGGUGAUAAUGUUUUGAGUGUUGUUUCAUCUAUUAUGAAAAACACUUAUUUGGAACAGCCUUGGAGAUAUGAGGAUUCAGCCAAAUGGGUUUACUACGAUUUUCUUGGCAUGUUCACUAUUUAUUACUCAAAAUCCAGCGGAGAAUAUUUGAACUACUUCUUCUGUUUCUUGACUUGGCUUAUGGUUGGUAUGAGAUUGAAACGAAUGGUUUAUUCCCCAAACGAUUUAUCGAAAUCUUUAUUGAAUCACUUGUUCGUCUUUGGCUUCAUGUUCCUAUCACUGCUGGGAGUAAUAGCUCUUCUUUAUGUAUUUGGAUUAACACAGAUAUGGUGGAAAGAGCCUAACUUCAUCUACGUUUUCUUCAUUCUUCCUCUGCUCAUUGUUGGAUUCAAAGCUCAUUCCUAUCUUCAAAAUGAUUAUAGGGGAACAGCAUUUUGGGACAAACAAGAGAAGUAUAUGGACAGCGUCAAUGUUAUCCUUGCUGUCUGCAUUUACCUAUUAACAUAUUAUAAGAUAUCAUCCGCUUACAUCUUGCUCAACUUUUUGUCCUUGUCUUUAAUGAGCCAGUUUGUUUGUAAAUUAUUCGUCCCUCAAAGAAGGACAGCCGUGAAAGCAGUAGUCACUUUGAUCAUCAUAUCACCGGCAUUAAUAUAUUUUUCGUACAUAAUCUAUCAGUUAUUCCAACUCUAUGUUCCCAUAACCGGACGUUCAGGAACUAAAAUCAAUCCAUUAAUCAUAAUUGGUGUGAUUACUCUAGUCACAUCCUUCAUCAUCGUUCUGAACACAAAUUGCCUCAUCUUCUUGAAUGAAAAGUACCACAGAAUCAAUACUUUCCGUUAUCUUUUCGUUGUUUUCCUAUUUUUCAUUUUGGCAACUUUUAAUAAUAUAAGCUCUCCAUACAGUAAUUCGUACGAACACCCGAGACUUCGACGAAUGAUUGCCAUAAAUACUCAUCGGACUAUUACGGAUCAUCAAGAUCAGGUAAUUUCUGAUGAAUCUGCUAUCUUCAUACAAGGACUUGAUUACAAUCACGUAAGCAGCCUUCCUAAGGAGAGCUUCUUUGAAGCACAAUCACCAAACUGUACAGGAGUCAUAGACUCAUACUGCAGACUGCCUUACUAUAACUCUAUCCACACAAAUUUCCCUCCACAUGAAACGUUGUGGAAAGUUACUAAUCAACUCCCAAAGUUGAGAAAUGAAGUUGAACUGCACUUGAUUGAGAAGGUUAAAGCAGGACCAAAGCUGGUUAGCUGCACAUUUUCCGUGAUAGGAGAGUUCAACAGAGCUUCCCUUCAUUUAAGCCCCAUCAAUGGCUAUGAACUGUAUUCUUGGUCAAUGACUAAAAUUGAUUUGGAUGUUUAUGGUAAAAGGCCAACUUACUUUGUCACAUUAACACAAGGAAGCGCUGAUACGGAUGAGAAGCAGUUUACUAUCGUUCUUUCCAAAGAAGACGAUGUAGAUGUGAGUGAGCCAGCUAUUGAAGUAGCUCUAGUAACUCUUGUUGAAUCGCCAGCUGAUGUCGUUGACAAUCCAACCGAGUUUGAAAACUUGAAGAUGAGGGCUCGAGAUCGUACGGAUUACAACUGGUUCAUGACGUUCAUAUUCGCUGAUUCUCAAACAAUUGUCAGAAUAAUUUAA